AUGGAGCGGGGCGGCCGCGCCGCGCUGGCGCUGGGGCUGCUGCUGCUGCUGUUGCUGCUGGGCGCGCUGCUGGCGCUGCGGGAGCCGGCGCCGGGGCCGGCCCGGGGCGAGGCGCGGGGCGGCGGCGUGCAGAAAACUUUCCGGGCGCUGCUGGCCGCGGGACGGGAGCAGCAGCGGCAGGAGGAGGGGGAGGAGGACCCGCCGGCGGCCCCGGUGCGGCGCGGCAUCUUCUGGAGCCGCGAGCUGGAGGCGCGGGUGCCGCCGGGCUUCGCGGCCGAGGAAGCGGCGGCGUGGCGGGCGGCGGCCCGCGGAGCCCGCGUGGCCUCGCUGGAGCGCGGCGGCUGCGGGCGCAGCUCCAACCGGCUGGCCCGGCUGUCGGACGGGAGCCGCGCCUGCGUCCGCUACGGCGUGAGCCCGGAGCAGAUCCAGGGCGAGGCGCUCUCCUACCACCUGGCCGGGCUGCUGGGCAUGCAGCAGCGGCUGCCGCCCAUGGCGCUGGCGCUGGUGGAGGCUCGCGGGCGGCAGUGGGAGCCGGUACGGGAGGAGCUGCGCGGCUCGCACUGGGCCGAGGGCGCGGUGGUGAGCCUGACGCGCUGGGUGGACAACCUGACGGCCGUGGUGGCCCCCGCGCCGUGGGGCGGCGGGCGGCCGCGGGCGCUGGCGGCGGGCGAGCUGGGCGGGCUGCCCGCGGCGCAGCUGGUGGAGCUGGUGCAGUGGAGCGACCUGAUCCUCUUCGACUACCUGACGGCCAACUUCGACCGCCUGGCCAGCAACCUGUUCAGCCUGCAGUGGGACCCGCGCGUCAUGCGGCGCGCCACCAGCAACCUGCUGCGCGCCCCCGACGGCGGCCUGGUCUUCAUGGACAACGAGGCGGGGCUGGUGCACGGCUACCGCCUGCUCGCCACGUGGGACCCCUACAACGAGCCCCUGCUGCGCUCCGUCUGCGUCUUCCGCGAGGGCACGGCGCGGCGCUUGGCCGAGCUGCACCGCCGCCGCAACGCCGCCGCCGAGCUGCGCCGCCGCUACCGGGCCCGGGAGCCCCUCUGGGCGCGCCUCGGCUUCCUGUCGGAGCGGCAGGCCGAGCUGCUGCAGGCGCGCGUCGACUUCGUGCACCGCCACAUCGCCCAGUGCCGCGCUCAGGCCGCCGCGCUCUGACGGCACCCGCCCUCCCCGCGCCUCCGCUCCCCGUUUCCCCGCUCUCUGCCUAGUAGGGCCGCGGAGGUCCCUUCGGCCUCGACUC